AUAUAAUUUCUGCCGAAGUUCUGCAUUAAAUACUGGUGGGGAUUCAAAUGACUUGUCUUUGACCAAUAUAUAUAGAGCACUGUUUUAAUCCGGCUGACAAGAAGUGAAAGUUUUGGAUGUCUGCCCAGCACGCAGUGUCUUAUACUACAUUUUGUCAGUGCGCGUGAGUGGGAUCUGCGGUGCCGUGCGUGGCUCCCCCCUUGCGCAGUGGACGCUCGCCUCUCGCGCAGGGUUUGGCGUGGAGCUUGUGCAGGACUGGCUGUGCUCAGCGCCACUUCCGGCUUCCGUCAUUUCAUUCUCCCGCCGAUGCGCGCUGCUCAACUCAGUGUGUUGUAUAAGCGAGCGAGCGGCCGAGCUGCCAACACUCGCUGACACUCACUCAUCUUAGAGCGCGCGAGCGAGCGACGCGUCUCUAAAACUCUCUUCUCCUUUGCUUUUCUUUUUUGUCGGUAUAUGAGUAAUAAAACAAGAAAGUGGACCGGAGGCAUAAAGGAGACAGGGAGUUGUUGGAUGGAAACGGGGCUAAAAAGAUUCAUCCUCUCUUGAACAUCAUCACCAACCAUCAUUCAUUCAUUACCUUGACAACCUCUGGCUUUGAUUGACAGCUGGAGUGGCAAAAAGCCAUGAGAUACGACAGUUUAGUUACAUGCGGGUUGUUGAUGGGCCGGCUGUAACCUUCAUUUUGGCGCUUGACUUUUUUCUUGCUUUUUCUGGUGGCAAAGUGGAAAAGCCGAAUAAUUGCCGAAAAAACUCCUGAUGCCUGCGCUUGUUUUCCACCAUACUGGAGAAUAGGAGAAUUCGGCAAGUUGCUCGGAAAAGGAAUCUUAGCAGUACAUGAGUUUGUGAGCGGACUGGGAAAUUAAAUCUACGACACAGAUCCAGAGGUUUAUUGGAGCGCAGGCUGAUGGCGCAAAGGUACGAUGAGCUGGCUCAUUACGGCGGCAUGGACGGAGUCGGUAUGUACGGGGAUCCUCACGCGCCUCGGCCGCUCCCGCAGGUCCAUCAUCUGAAUCACGGACCGCCGCUCCACGCCAGCCAGCAUUACGGCACACAUGCCCCCCAUCCCAAUGUCAUGCCCACCAGCAUGGGUUCAGCUGUCAACGACGUGUUAAAGAGGGAUAAAGAUCAGAUUUACGGUCAUCCACUGUUUCCUCUGCUGGCUCUGGUCUUUGAGAAGUGUGAGUUGGCCACAUGUACUCCGCGCGAGCCCGGUGUUGCUGGGGGAGAUGUGUGCUCCUCCGAUUCCUUCAACGAGGACAUCGCUGUUUUUGCCAAACAGGUCCGAGCAGAAAAACCUUUAUUUUCUUCAAAUCCAGAGUUGGAUAACUUGAUGAUACAAGCCAUACAAGUUUUACGGUUUCAUCUUUUGGAAUUAGAAAAGGUGCAUGAACUCUGCGACAAUUUCUGCCAUCGGUACAUCAGUUGUUUGAAAGGAAAAAUGCCGAUAGAUUUAGUGAUUGAUGAACGGGACGGCAGCUCGAAAUCAGACCACGAGGAGCUCUCGGGAUCCUCGACCAACUUAGCCGAUCAUAUGGGGCAUAUGGACGGAUGGCUCAAAUCCGACCGUCUCCAGAAUCCAGCGUCCUGGAGAGAUCACGACGAUGCCACAUCUACACAUUCGGCAGGCACACCGGGACCCUCCAGCGGGGGACAUGCGUCACAGAGCGGAGACAACAGCAGUGAACAAGGAGAUGGUUUAGACAACAGCGUAGCCUCACCCGGCACAGGCGACGACGAUGACCCAGACAAAGACAAAAAGCGUCAGAAAAAGCGUGGUAUCUUUCCAAAGGUCGCAACCAACAUCAUGCGGGCGUGGCUCUUCCAACAUCUCACACACCCGUACCCUUCAGAAGAACAGAAGAAGCAGCUCGCUCAAGACACGGGACUCACAAUCUUACAAGUCAACAACUGGUUUAUUAAUGCCAGAAGAAGGAUAGUCCAACCCAUGAUCGACCAGUCCAAUCGAGCAGGUUUUCUUCUUGAUCCUUCAGUGAGUCAGGGAGCGGCGUACAGUCCGGAGGGUCAGCCAAUGGGCAGCUUCGUGCUGGACGGACAGCAACACAUGGGCAUCCGGCCGGCAGGUCCUAUGAGUGGCAUGGGCAUGAAUAUGGGCAUGGACGGCCAGUGGCACUACAUGUAACACGUCUGUACAGGAAAGAAACGGAGGAAGUCUGCGAGUCGUGCUGGAGGAGUUUGUACCUCAGCGUGGUCCUCACCGACCCAAACCCUUCACCGUCAGCCCCCCGUGUAUCACAUUCCCCACACACCCAUGAGGCCACGCUCACGCACGAUGAACCGACUCCAACAGAACCCACCACGACCGCAGCACCGUCCACCACUCAAGGGAUCCCACCAGUUACGUCGUGGAUGAUAUUGACAAUUCUCCCUAGAAAGAUUUUUUUAAGGAAAAGAAAAAAGAAAUCAGACGCUUCAAGUGGACGAGCUGUGAUGAUUUUUUAUUUGAUUGUGAAUUUUGUUACGUUCAUUGCUGGAGGACCAAGAGCUGAAUGAAAACACUUUGUAAAGUCUUUGGUUUUUGUUCAGCUCAACUGAGGAUGUUUCAGUUUAAAACACACACACACACAUAAUGUGAGAGAGAAAAAAAUACAAAAGAGACUCCAAGAGUUGAAACUACUGUAGUAUAAAAGCAUAGAAACUUAAUGAAAACUUGUACAUUUGUAUCACUCACUUUAUUUGUUUCAUAAGCUUAUAGUCCUAGAGUAAAAAUGUUCCCCUGUUUUUUCACACUGUGUGUGCGCGCGCGCUGUCCCCUGAAGCAGAGACGCUCCGAUCGCAGCAAUAAGCAGAAUAAAGACCCGACCCGGACCAGAAUAAUGAAUGAUUCCUCCUCCUCCAUCAUCUUCACUUACUGCUGAUUGAAGCUCCCUCUCUUCACCUCCUGCAUUUCAUCUUUUUACUCCAUGAAUGAAUGUUAAACCUGUAGGUGGAGUUCUUUGUUUGAAUUGCCCAAGCACUGGAUCCUGUUGCUUUUAUACAUUUUUAUUUUAUUAUUAUUAUUAUUAUUAUUAUUAUUAUUAUUAUUAUUUUUUGUAUCUUGGACUCUCAGAGUAAGAGCCUUAUGAAGGAUGUGAAUCCUCACACACAGCAGUCUCGAUCUGCCGUACGGACCGUCGUUCCAAUGGAUUCUCGGAAUUCUCCGGCACAUAGAGUCGACGCACCGGAAAACUUUAAAAGUUUGACACAAAAAAGAAAAACACAACUUAAAUUAUGAACUCGAAAGCGAGAGAUUAUUGUAAGAAAGUUCGUACAGAGUUUUAGUCUAUUAAUUGUUUCAUGUUAGAUAUUCUGUGUUUACCUCAAUUGAAGAAGAAUGUUUUGCUAGUUUCAAAUCUGCUGUGACAUUGAUAUUGUAUGUCCAUGAAUUCCCCUCUUUUCCAGCACGUGUUGCUCACUAGAAGAUUAAAUACUGUCUCCCUUAAGCUUUGUCAGAAAGACAUUCAAUACUUGUAUAAGGACUGUGGCGUAAUGUUUCAAAGGUGUUCACUCACAAAUGCUGUAAUAAAUAUUUCAUUUUG